UCCAGGCAGUUUAUCUUCAGUCGGUAGGUCACACCUUUUUCCUAGUCUCGUGGAUAUCGCGUUUUGCACCGGUCAUCGAAAAUAUUCUCGUCGGCGUCACUUGUCUCGAAAUUCGAUAUCCAACCCCAUUAUCAUUAUCCGUCUAUCACCCCACGAACACCGCUACUCGAAAAGGAGACGAACAAGAAAAGGAACGAUCAAUCUAAUUAAUCUCUUUCACAGACUCGAAUAAUCCGCCAAGAUGGGUAAAGGAAAGCCCCGUGGACUCAACGCCGCGCGCAAGCUGGCCACCACCCGCCGUGACAACCGGUGGGCUGACCUGCACUACAAGAAGCGUCUGCUCGGUACCGCCUACAAGUCGUCUCCCUUCGGUGGUGCUUCCCACGCCAAGGGUAUCGUCCUUGAGAAGGUCGGUGUUGAGGCCAAGCAGCCCAACUCCGCCAUUCGCAAGUGUGUCAAGGUCCAGCUGAUCAAGAACGGCAAGAAGGUCACUGCCUUCGUCCCCAAUGACGGUUGCCUGAACUUCAUCGACGAGAACGACGAGGUCCUCCUGGCCGGUUUCGGUCGCAAGGGCAAGGCCAAGGGUGAUAUUCCCGGUGUCCGUUUCAAGGUCGUCAAGGUCUCCGGUGUCGGUCUCAUGGCCCUGUGGAAGGAGAAGAAGGAGAAGCCCCGCUCGUAAACAACUCAACCAUUUCGAACCGGGACGGAAAAAAAUGAGGACGAAAGCGAUGGAGUGGCGUUUUUGACUGGAUCUUUCGAGAUGGCGGUUUCGGGGUCCUGCCCUAGAUGGAUUGAUUGAAUUGAAUGCAUUUGGGACGGUGGGAAAUCACGUCUGUGGUCUAGAUGGAUUUUUCAUGCCCGACUCGAGAAACAGAUUUGGGACGCAUGACCCUGCAAAUUGAUAUGAUCUUGCAGCUACUAUACGAUUGUGAUACUCCGAAUUUCUCUUUUUCUUUUUUCUCUUCUUCUUUUACUUUUAUUAUCCCUCCCCAUCAACAAAAGAAAUAAAAUCAAAAAGAAAAGAUAGACAGAAGAAAGAAUGCCGCCAUGAUUGAUUCUGGGAUGGCCCCUCGAAUUCAAGUCCUUCCAAAAUCA